AUGGGCUCACUCAAGUAUGAUUCCGAACUGAUGACCCUGCAGGUCCCAGCCGUUGCAGUUCCUGGGUCUCGCAGCUUUGCUACCAUCAGAGAUGAAAGAGCUCAGCCAUUACUGAUCUCCCAUUCUACCAAUGGCAAGCUUCUCGCCAUCAAGGAAGACGACACAGGGAACAGACACACGAUCGACCUUACACAGGCCUUUGGAGCUGGGGUGGCCAGGCUGGUCGAUUUCGAUGUGUCUCAAGAUGCAGAUGACGGAAUGAUGUACAUGAGCUUUGCAACCGCUUCCCAGGAUGGCAACUCUAUAGAUCUCCAUGUUAUCAAGCCAUUUCACCCAAGAGCUAUUGUCGCCGGUGGAAAGAACUCUCUGUCCCACCUUCGCAUUCCUCGUACUGGAGCUCCGAUCCCUAAGACGCUAACCAGAGUGUUCAUGGGCCCGAUGGCUCCCACUAUUAUGUUCCCGGAUGUCGUCUUGGCUUUCAAAGAGGACAUUCGUGACUCUCAGGACGUAGCUCGCGUCGCAAUUGAAGAGGACUAUUCGGGCUGGACGCUGGAAACGGACUUCGAGCUUCCGGAGAAUGCAGCUGAAAUCCAUGACAUUUGCCCUGCCGUGCUUCCUAUUGGCAAUGGAUACUUCUGUCUGUACUCUAUACAGGGUGAAACCAAGCUGCUCUUCAAAACCAUUACCUUGUUCAAUGGCUUCCCGUACCAGGCUCUUCUCACAUGCCCCCAGGGUGCACGAUGUCUGGCCACGUAUCCAGAUAGAUCUGGAUUUAGCUCACUUGUUGUUGGUGGUGACGAGGGUUUGCAACACUUCAAACCUGCCGAGGGCCAGCGAAGAAACCAUCCUGGCAAGAAGAUAUCUGUGGAAGGUGAAUUCAAGGACGUUCGGCAGCUCCACAUUGCGCACAGUCCCGCCAAGAUAUCUUUCUUUGCCACGACCUCCAUGGACUCUGUUAGUUACGCUACCACUAUGGAUAGAUCAUUUACCUCGCCACUGGGCGCAGUUCUACUUUUGCCGGAAGGCGCAGGAGGCAGCUUUUCUCCUUUCGUGCAACAAGAGGGUCUAACCCAACAAAUAAUUGUUGCCAACAUCUCUGGAGAUCUGAAGGUCAUUCAACAGGAUUCCGUAUCUGGAAUCUGGAGUGGAAAGCCAUACUAUAUUCCAGAUCUCAACGAAAACAUCGAUUAUGACGGAUAUAUGACGGAUAUGAUCUUUACAGCGGAAAAUGGCAAACCUCUGAUCGAGCAAGUCGUGAUGCUGAAGGCUUCUGGUCAUUCAGAAAUCAUUGUCAAUGGAAGACACGUUCUGGUUGGACCCCAGGGCACAAAAGUGCUCACGGAUGACAUGGGUAAACUAGCUCUGCUUACACCGACAGAUGAUAUAGCCACCGACAUCUUCACUGUGACAAAUGCUGGGGAUGACCACCCAGAUAUCCUCCCCCCCGGAAUGGAAAUAGAGAUCGAUCCCGCGGACAAGGUCCACGCCAAGCUAGACCUGAUCCAAAGUGGAGACGACUUGAGGAAUGCGAAAUUGCCGAACGGCGAAGGGAUCCUUGACGGAACUGAUGCGUCAGAUGAGGAUAUUGACAACGUGGCGACCGUUAUCAGGGACAUCAACAAGGAGCGAAAUAAUAUGAAAAAUCGCUCAAAACAGGGAAUUGCCGCCAAGAGAUUUACCUCGCCCGAUGCGCCGAGACGAGUCGUAGGAGGGCGGAACGUUGAGUCGCUAAUGGCACGGCGGAGAAACGCAAUCACGCUUGGGUGGGAAUAUGUCGAGGGGUUCUUGAAAGGCGCUUGGGACAAGCUAAAGAGCUGGGCCGUGGAGUUCGCUGAAGGAGUGGUGGAGUUGUACCUUGAGGUCAAGGAUAGUUUGGUUCGCUUCGUGAUCGAUACGGUGGAGAAAAUUCGCAAGGGACUGGCCGCAUUCUUCGAGAUGGUCAUCGGAGGCCUCAAGAAGUUUGUCGAGUGGCUCAAGGCAGUUUUCAAUGUCGGCAAUAUCUUGAAAACGCAGCGCUCCCUGAUGGGGCUCGUUAACGGGAUGCUUGAUGCUGGGCCACUUCUGGUGAACCAGUGGAGGCCCUUCGUCGAAAAGGCGUUUGACGAUACCGCGGAGAUUAUGAAGAAUUUCACUUAUCCAAAAGAUGCUUUGGAAGCCAAGGCAGGUUAUGAAGCUAAGAAGGCAAAUCAAGCCCCAGAAAUGGACGCUGAGGAGACGUCCGCCCAGAAAAACUAUGCAAAUUACCAGAUGAAACACGGCGGCGCGGCAGCGAAUGCAGUGGCAGGCGGCGAAGGAGGCUCCCAUAGCACGCUCGAAGCCAUCUGGAACGAUUUGAUUGAGCCAGUUCUCGAGUCUUUCGGGGAUAUAUUCGUGACGAUGGGAGAAAACAUUCUCCUUCUCUUCAACGACCAAGAUAACCUUUCUGCGGGCGAAGUCUUCCAGAAGCUAGGAGCUGAUGUCAUCCUCGGAAUUAUUGAUGCGCUGAAAAAGCUCUUCUUGGGACUGAUGGACGUUGGAUCAGCGUUUAUCAGUGACAUGAAGAAGCUCAUAAACGAGGAAAUCCGGAUCCCCUUUUUCUCCGCCUUCUACAAGACGAUUACGGGAGGCCAGACGCUCACUGCACUCAGCGCUGCAAUGCUUGUGAUCGCGUUCCCCACAAACAUUGCAAUGGUCACUUUCACGGGCGAGCCUCUUGAUAUCGGCGAGAUCGACUUCUUGAGUUAUAUGAGUCCCACACCAAGCCGGUCAAUUCGUGGUCUCCUUCCGGUCACGACGACGAAGGGCAAGGACGAUCACGCAACGGCAACUAAGGUUUCUGAAGAUGAGACUCCCGUCGAGCUCGAGUUCGCUUUUGGUGUCACUGAAUUCAUUACUCGUGGCGUCCUCCUAAUUGUAGAUAUGGUCGCGGCCAAAGCAAAAACAAAGAACUCCGGCCAGAAACCCGAACCUGUAGGAGAUUCCGUCGGCGCCAUUAAACUUCAGGAAGAACCCGAAUACCGGACAGUGUCUCUAAACAAUUCUGACUCGCAACUUUACAAGUUCUAUUCCCCUCCCACGGAGCUGGAAGAUUCCAGCGCGAUUCACGCAGUUAACCCGAAGGCCGUCCAGCCCAGGGGUGUUCCCUUGAAGGCGAUGGGAACAGGAUUUCUCUUUGCUCUGAGAGGACUGAGUCUGGUCAUAACCUACCCUUUCUGGGACCCGAAUGCGAAAAAAGACCCCUUCCCCGAAAUGCGGGGGCUGAGCUGGAUAAUGCCAGUGACCUCGGUGGUCUGUGGCUGGAUCAUAGACCUGGCCGAUAGAAGGGCUUGGAAAAUAGGAAUGGAUCCAGACAAGUACAAAAUAGGGAAGGACAUAGUGCUGGCUAUCGUCAAUUGGGUCUUUGCAUUGAUUCCAGCGUGCGCUGAUAUCGCUGGAGGCGAAGUGGACACCGCUAUGGCAAUUGUACGAGUGAUGGUGACGGUACUAGACUUGGUGUCGGCGUUGGGUGCCGCAGCUUUCGAAAAAUCGAGCAGCUUUUACGCCGGGGUUGCCUGGUUUGGAGGCGAAGCAGUCUCGGAUGCUCUCCUCCUUGCGACAGUCAUAAGAUGCAGGAAAUUAAAGGCGCAUAACUGGAUGGUGUGCUCCUCAAAGUGA